CGACGACGCUUUGACCACUUUCCUCUUCAGUAUUUUCAGAAACCAAAGCGGAAAAUUAAAAAACCCCAUCUCUCACACACUCGCCACUCACCUAAAUCAUUUCGAUUUUGAAAUUCCAGCGAGAGGGAGAAACAAAGCUUCUAAUCCAACAAUGGAAAAUUCAAAGGUUCAAGAGAUCCUGGAGAAGCAGGUGCUGACAGUGGCGAAGGCCGUCGAGGACAAAAUCGACGAAGAGAUCGCGGCGUUGGAUCGCCUCGACAACGACGAUAUGGAGGCUAUCAGAGAGCGGAGGUUGCAGCAGAUGAAGAAGAUGGCAGAGAAGCGGAGCCGUUGGAUCGGUUUGGGCCAUGGUGAAUACUCUGAGAUUCCAGCUGAAAAGGACUUCUUUUCAAUUGUUAAAGCUAGUGAGCGCGUCGUUUGCCAUUUCUAUCGCGAGAAUUGGCCCUGUAAGGUGAUGGACAAGCACUUGAGUUUAUUGGCAAAGCAGCACAUAGAAACACGUUUCGUCAAAAUCCAUGCUGAGAAAAGUCCAUUCUUGGCUGAGAGGCUCAAGAUUGUUGUUCUUCCUACACUUGCCCUUAUAAAAAAUGCCAAGGUCGAUGAUUAUGUGGUUGGAUUUGAUGAGCUUGGCGGGACAGAUGAGUUUGCAACAGAAGAUUUGGAGGAGAGAUUGGCUAAAGCUCAAGUCAUCUUCUCUGAAGGGGAAUCAUCUUUACAUGCAUCAAAGUCUGGUACACAGACAAAGAGGAGUGUCCGGCAAAGCUCUAAUGCUGACUCGUCCGAUUCAGAUUAAAUAGGGGGUUUGGAUUUCUAAUCUUCUAUAUUUUAACAUGGAAGCCGAUCAGAUUCAUCAUCUUUCCAUCUUUAAUAGUAAAAGCAAAUGACAGCCUCAUUUGCCAUAUGAGACCAUUCAGUCAUUUCGAUAUUAUGCUCAAUUGAAUCUUUUUGGUGCAUUUUUUGUUCUUUGUAUGAUCUAUGUUUUUUAUUCGGAAAAGGAAAAUUCACGCUUGCCCGUUGGGAGAAGAAGAGAUUUGUAUCAAAAUUGAAUCAAAUGCUCAGGUUCUUGUACGGUUUAAGCUUUUAUAAAGGGAAAUAUUUUAGUAUUUUGAGUUUUAUAUCAUCCCUUUGGUUGGUGUCAUCAGUCAUGGUGCCCUUAUAAAUUUUGAAAAAAUGAUUAUGUCUGGCUUCCCCGUAAGCAUUUUGUGCUCAUCCUUUCCAACAAAAGUUUCCCUUUCAAAGAAUUUAAGAGAAAAAAGAUUGUGCAAAUCAAUCAGAGAUAAUUCAUUUUUUGUAGGUUCCAUAUGAUAAAUGCACAUAGACCCCUUUUAAAGGGCAAGAAGCUGUUAACUCUGGAGUCUUUUAGUCUUCACUCUCUUGAGCUGAAUGAU